ACUGCGAGAGAGGCAGUAGCAGUGGCUGAACGCGCGUUAGAAGCAGCAACAGCUCGUGCAGUAGCAAUGGCUACCUCUUCGGCCACUUCUGCUGCAAACUCUACUGGUCAUGCGACCAGUUCAUAGUCCAUCUCCAGUAUGUCAGGAACUGGCACUAUUCAGAUGGUAGGUUCGCAGUCCAGCUCGCCACCUCCACGCACCCGGGAUCAGAUGGAGCUCCAGCAAAUAGAGAGGAUUCGCUUAAGGCUAGAGGAGGAACUUAGACAGGCUACUAAAAUAGAGAAAGAGAUUAGAGAUAGGAGUGUUAGACUAGAGGGUAGGGAGGUAGACAAGGCUGCAUUAAAGGGGUUAGAUGACUCGACCCUUAUCAAUAAUGAAAAGAUUCUAAAGGCGAGCAUCCUGUCCAUGCACGCAUACAUGGACAGUAAACUGAAUACAAUCCAGAACACCUUGGAACAGAUCCUAAAUGCCAUGCACAAACCAGGAAUCAGGCCAGCAGUCUUGUCGUCGCUGCCAUUCUCAGCGAUGACAGGUCCCUAUGUCGCUCAGUCUGGACCACCACCAAGUGGUACAUCAGCAGCAGCCUUAUCUCAGACUGUUGCUUCUUCAUCGUCCGGUCCAGCGACUGGUGCUACACCACAGUCGCCACUUGUCUCGCCAGCGGGACAACAAUUUCAUUGGUAUCCCAAGACACCCCUGAAACCACCUCCAGCCUUCUCAGGAGACAAGAAGGACGAGGCUCUCAACACGUGGUUGAGAACGGUGCCAGUAUGGGUGAGGGCAAAGAGGACAUUGGUAGAGGAGGAAGUGAUUACUUCUGCAUCCUACUUAGAGGGUUCAGCAACUCACUGGCUUAAUGGAUUGGUAGCUUCAAAGGGGUUCGGCAAGAACAUAGUGUUGGCUCAGCAGGAAGGGAAAAAGUUGAGACCGGUCGAAUACAUGAGCAAAAAGAUGCCAUCGAAAAAGUUGCCAAAUUCCACCUACGAGAGGGAACUUUACGCUCUUUACAAGACACUUGUCCACUGGAGGCAUUAUCUGUUAGGAAGGUUCUUCUACUUGAGAACUGACAAUCAGACCCUCAAGUGGAUCAAGACACAACCAGUUCUCUCUGACGCUUUCAAACGGUGGAUUGAAGUCAUAGACCAAUAUGACUUCAAACUAGAUUAUCUGAAGGGAGAGUACACCAAGGUCACAGAUGCGUUGUCUAGAAGGGCAGAUUACCUGGGUGCGCUGAUUUAUGAGUUUGGCCUAUCUGAGGACGUGACUCGAUCUAUGGAGGAAGCCUACAGGGAAGAUCCCAUCACAAUGGACAUCAUCAACAAACUUCGGGUUAAGGACAAGGCCACCACUGAUGAGUUUGUGAUGGUGGAUGGGUUGCUCUUUCUUGAGAAGGCAGGGUUUAAGAGAUUAGUUGUUCCAUCUAAGGAAGAUUUGCGUAAUUUAUUCUUAGGAGAAUGCCAUGCCGCAACGGGACAUUUCGACUAUAAGAAGACUAGUGCUAACUUAGAACAACGAUUUUGGUGGCCUAACAUGUUGGACGAUGCAAAGAAGUACGUACAGACCUGUCAGGUCUGUCAGCGGGACAAACCGUGGACUCGAGCUCCACUUGGGUUACUCAAGCCUCUACCCAUUCCUGCUGGCCCAGGACAGAGUAUCUCCAUGGACUUCAUGGAUACUCUCGUGACCAGCAAGAAUGGCAAGAGGCACAACUUCGUCAUAGUGGAUAGGUUCACUAAGUACGCUAGACUAAUCGUCAUGCCAAAGACUGUCAGAACUGAGCACGUCAUCAAGUUGUUCAUGGACAACUGGGGCAAUUUGUUCAAGGCGCAGCGACACUUCACGCAGCUGAAGAGGUAUGCGGCAGCAACAAUAGACGUGUUUGUGGACAUUUGGAACCACAGAGAGUACGAGUUCGAUCAGCGUAAUCACCGCGGUAUCAUGGCAUACAUGAGGGAGCACGAUAUCGCGGAUAGACGAGCCGUGGAGGAGUUCCUUGUCGAGGAGGCCGGGCGAGCAGAGGCCGGGGGCAGUGAGGAGGGUGGAGGGGCAGGCCCGUCACCCGAUUUGUCGGGAGAGGAUUUGGUUAUGACUGCACGAGGAAAGAGGCCGGUGGAGAGUGGAGUUGAGGGCGUGCCGCAGGGGCGCAAGAGACAGCGGCAGUCAAGACUGGACGAGGUGUACGAUCCGGAUGGGCAGGCCGGAUUCAGGGACACUUUUUUGCAGUGGGCCUACAAUGCCGGUAUUCUGUUUGCUGCAUUCAGGAGGCAGUCAUGGAUUCGGCACAAGAAGCAGUUGGCCGCCAUGCCUCGCGGAGUGCGGCCAGUUUAUCCGUCCUUCAAGGAUAUUGGGGGCGCGGGUAUUGAUGAGCAGCGAGGGAAGGUUGCCGCGAUGUUGAGGGAGGUCCGCAGUUCAUUUGAGUCGGUAGGGGCGACCAUUUUGUCGGACGGUAGGCAGUCGCGAGACGCUAGGCUUAUAGUCAACUUCCUCGAAGCCGCCAAGCGCGGUGCCCUCUUGUACGCCACCGUCCAGCGAGACGGUUCAGCGUCCGAGACGACACAGAUCGCGAGGCGUAAUGCCUUAGAGAGCAUGCUUCAUGACGACGAGUGGGACAAGAUCCCAUGGGAGCCGUCAAAGCGUAGACAAACUCUGUGGGUUCGACAGAUCCGCACUAUGCAUAUGCUUGAGCCUGCGCAUGCUGCGGCGCACCUGCUCAACCCCCACAGACGCUCUCUCCGUUACUACGAGUCCGCCCGUAAGACAGCUGCGGACCUCGAGGUCGUUACCGAGUGCGACUCGUUUUUCUUGGCGCAGACAGGCGGUGAUCCGGCGGGGGAUGCAUACUUGCAGGUGCGUGAGCAGAUGCGAUCCUUCCACUCCAGGGUCGGCCACACGACAGACAGGGUGACGAGGGACGCCGAGGCGGAGGCCUGUGUAGGGGACGACGAGACGAGCAGGUGCGCGUCAUGGUGGGUGGAACACGACGCAUGUUUCCCGGAUUCGCAUGAGAUCGCUGGCCGUGUGAUGCACAUGUGGAUGUCCGCCUCUCCUGCUGAGACGAAUUGGGCAAAGCAUGAGCGCAUCCACAUGGCCAAGCGCAACAAACUCGAGUUCAGGAAGGUCGAGCAGUUAGUUGAGAUUGCUACAAAUCUUAAACUACUUGGAUGCAGCGAGUGGAGUGGGGGGUACGUUCUUCCGUGGGGUCACAUGGUGACCGCCGAGGCGCAGCCAGAGGAGUACACACACCCGGUGGUCGCAGAUAAGGAUGAGGAGGAGGAGCCUGAGCCAGAGGAGUGGGGAGCUAGACCUCAGGCAGGAGUGCCGACACACAAGAUCGGUGCACAGGUUCGUCGCUUCCAGCAGGAGGGUGCUCGUCGCCCAGUGGGAGUUGCCGAGGUUUUCGGUGCCAGAGCCGAGAUACUCCAUCCUUACGACUACGUGCCUCCACCGCCAGCAGAGCCGGUGCAGGCAUCGGAGGACCAGACGGACACGGAGGGCGGAAAGGAUGUGCCACCUGGUGUAGAUAAGAUUGCGGAGAGACUCUACUACACAUAUGGAGGAGGAGCCGAUGGACUCCAGCCACGCUGCACAUUCAUUCGGGAGAGCGACGACGAUCCCAUCCCCGCCAAUGAUAUAGGGUUGGAGCGAGGACGGCGAGACGCUUCAGGCAGCACCAGCAGAGUUGCCAGACGUGGCGGUAGUGGAGAUGCUUUAGGCGGGUCUAGUGGCGCACCCCUUGGCAGGUGCAGAGAGAGGGAGGUGACCGGGCUGGACAGCGCGGGCGACGACGACGACGACGACGAGCCGUUACUGCUUCGCAGAGCACGGUUGGCGCAGCAGGGAGCCGCGCGGCCCGCGCCUGCCGCCGAGGGUCUCAGGAAAUCGGCGAGGCUGCAGCAGACGCUGGCGGGAUCGACUUCAAGUGGUAGACGUGAGGCGUCGGACCACCUAGACGACAUCGGAGCUGAGGAGCAUUUCCCGAUCCAGCAUACACCCACCUCAGCACCUCGAGGCGACAGUCAGCAGAGGGAGAUGCGCACAAGUGACUUUCAGGGCCUUGGACCAGGAUUUGCGGGCAGCGGUGUUCGAGGGCGGACUGACGGGCGAGAGAGAGUGGGGGAUGAGGCCGACUAUCAUCCUGUGCAGGGUGGUGGAGCAGAGUCUAUGGAGGAGCUCCAUGCUCGGAUGGAUCGAGAGGAGGAGCAGCGGCUGGAGGGGUUGCAGAGAGAGUGGGCGGGUAGAGAUAAGUACAUGGCGGAGCAGCAACGUGUUAGAGACUUGGAGACGAGUACUGCAGUCCGUGAUCCAGGCGAUCCAGCCACUCAGGAGGCAGUUCCUAUGGACGGCGAUUCAGGCGAGUUGGAUGGAGGCCGUAGACCCGAUGCGGAGGGCGAUGAUGGGGCGGGUGAUGCCGACCGUCUUGCACCUGCGCACAGUACCGGUCCAUCUCGAUCGUCACACGGGCCGAUUGGGGGUGACGCAUGUGGACCUGUACAAGGCGAUGCACAUGUGGACGACGCCGGAGGCAGUAUGUCGUGGGUGUUGGUGUUGCGUCAUCCUUCACCGGUGGCGCACGAGGAUGCGUCACAUCUUGCGGAGGGUAGAGGUGGUGUUGAUGAGGAGGGGGAGGGCGGUACGACACAUGACCGUCCUGACCCAAUGAGAGCAGAUAUGGAGGGGCAGAUUACACUAGGCCUACUUGACCCUGACGCGUUGCACCAUGCGGCAGUGGAGGAUCCGAUUACCACAUGACUUGCAGGAUCUGUCGGUGUCGUAGUUCGCUCGCCCCCGCUGUACACACCUUUGAGCCCUUUGUAUUCCGGCUCUCCUGCGAGCUUGGAGCGCGAGCAGCAACGUUC